CCACCUCCCCUCCAGUUUACCAACACCAGAAGGAGCAAACUGAGAGGAGACAGAGCGGCACAGUUGGAGAGAGAGAGAGGCAGAAGGAGCACGGGAGCAGGGGAAGGGAGAGAGAGAAAGCGCCAAGCCUCCAAUCUCUCGCCUCUCCUGCUGCCAAGGUUCUUGAUUGAUUCCAAUCCACCCAAAACAAAAUGUGUUUUGUUUUGUUUGCGGGGGGUGCGCGGUGCCGGACCGAUUGGAGCUGUCAUGUCAGUCUUGAUCUUCGUUUUUAUUCUGCUCAGAAGGAAGUUCCUCCUGGGUUGGGAGGGAGUAAAUGAGCGGCGCCUUCCCUCCCUUGUCGAUACAUGCUGUUCCUCUGGGUGGAAUUUAUGGCGACUCGGACGCCACGCUGCUUUUAGUAGUAACCAAUGCAGGUUCCUCCUCAGGGCCUGGAAGCUGCAAUCUUUUUUUGGCAACGAGAUUUGACAGUGGCGAUUGAAGGUUAGGUGCCAGAGCGCGACGUCGAGGUCUCAGCUGGGAUAUCCAGGAAUCCUGAAUUGACGGCGGCGAAGAUGUCUGUGAGCCAUGCGGAGGACAUUGAGAUAUCGCUGUGCGACGGCAACUCGGAGGACGAGCGGCGGCGGCGCAAGAUCGGCUCGCUGCGGCGGAAGGCCAUCCACGCACUCAAGAAGCGAGGGAGGCGUCGCGUCGACUUCCGCUUCCCGCCGGCGGCCAUCUCCAUCGAGGACGUCCGCGACGCCGAGGAGGAGCGCGCCGUCGCCUCCUUCCGGGAACGCCUCGCCGCGCACGGCCUCCUCCCCGAGAAGCAUGAUGACUACCACAUGAUGCUAAGGUUCCUGAAGGCCAGGAAGUUCGAAGCCGAGAAGGCAAUGCAGAUGUGGUCAGAGAUGCUGAAAUGGAGGAAGGAGUUCGGAACUGACACCAUCCUUGAGGAUUUUGAGUUUGAGGAACUGGAUGAUGUGCUGCGCUACUACCCUCAGGGCUACCAUGGUGUUGACCGCGAAGGCCGACCGGUGUACAUUGAGAGGCUUGGGAAGGUGGAUCCAAACAAGCUCAUGCAGAUCACGUCGGUGGAUCGCUACAUCAAGUACCAUGUCCAGGAGUUUGAGAGGGCCUUCAGGGAGAGGUUCCCUGCUUGCACAUUGGCUGCUAAGAGGCACAUUGACUCCACCACUACCAUCUUGGACGUCCAGGGUGUGGGGUUUAAGAAUUUCUCCAAGACUGCAAGAGAACUAGUACACCGGAUGCAGAAGAUUGAUAGUGACUAUUAUCCUGAGACACUCCACCAAAUGUUUGUUGUGAACGCUGGUAGUGGAUUCAAGUGGAUCUGGAACAGCGUGAAGGGCUUCCUUGACCCUAAAACUUCAUCCAAGAUUCAUGUGCUCGGUUCGAACUACCAGAGCAGGCUUCUUGAAGUAAUAGAUUCGAGUGAGUUGCCAGAAUUCCUUGGUGGUUCAUGCACAUGUAGUGACAAGGGUGGUUGUCUUGGAUCGAACAAAGGGCCGUGGAAUGAUCCUUAUAUAUUGAAGCUGAUACACAGUUUGGAGGCUGGAUGCGCGAGGGAAAUCAAGCCUGUGUCUGAGGGGGAGGAAAGAAGCAGCUCUUCUCUUCGGUUGGAGCAGUUGAAAUGGCAGGGCAUGUUAAGUGACACUUCAAAUGCUGAAUCAGGAUCUGAUGUUGAUGAUUUUGGUCCAUAUGUUCAGAAAGUUUCGGACUACGGUUGCUUGACUCCAGUCCAUGAGGAAGUAAAGGGCACAGAUUGUGCAACAUACUUAAGCUGUGAUGAUCAAAGUCACCCGGAUAUGGCUCCUGAAUCUUACCAUGGAGUGCGACGAACUACUGAAAUGGUGCAGAAACCAAUGGCUGAUUUCAGGCAAUAUUCCACCAACAGAAGGCCUCGUGAUUUAGGGAACAAUGCUCUGAAUGUCAACGACACAGUUGUUGAAAGGGGCUGGGAAAAUGUAGUGAAGCUAGUAGUUACAGCGUUGAUCAAGCUCUUUUCCUUCAUCCGGCUUUUCAUCUCUAGAGCUGAGGGGAGGCUUGAGAACGUCAAUGGCCCUGCUCGACCAGCAACACCAGCAGCAGAGAAGCCAAAGCCUCGAGUCGUCAGUGAUGAAGAGGUGUGCGCCUGUUUACAGCGUAUCGACAAUCUCGAAUUGCUGUGCAAUCACCUUGCCACCAAACCACCACAGAUCCCAGAGGACAAGGAACGCAUUCUGUUGAACUCAUUUGAGCGGAUCAGAUCCGUUGAGGCUGACCUUGAGAGGACCAGAAGACUGUUGAAUGCGACCGUGGCCAAGCAGAAGGCAUUGGUGGAGACUCUGGAAUCUGUACAGGAGUCGUCUAGAGUCAAGAAGCGGAUGUUCUGUUCAUAGGACAUGGAGCUGAACCUCAAAACCAUGUCGUUGAGAUUAACCAACCAACCAACCGUGAAGCGUGACGCCUCAAGCUGCCACCAGCCAGAGCCAUUUUUGACCUUGCCGCCACCACCGCGGAAAAUGGAAGAGAAGACCGCAUCAUCCCUGUUGCUUCCUUCCAUUCUCCCCGUUUUUGUUCCUCCAUUUGGUUGUACUCUACCGGCCGGCGCCCCUGUCUGUUGCCUUUUUGAUUGGUGAACGCUGCACCGGCUGGCCGGCUGCCGAGCGCCAUGCCAAGUGUUGUUUUUUCUUUCUUUCUUGGCCGAGACCUCCAUUUUGGGGCAGAAACGCCUGAGAGAUGGUGCGAGUUGGUGUCCGAAUGGUUGGAGUCGUUCUGUACUGAGUAGUAGUGAGUACUGACCCCGUGGCUAGAGCUGGGAGGAACACAGUGGCGAGCUUGGUGUUCUGUACAUGCCACCAACUGUGAUUCUGGUGGUCUGCUAAUACAGAUUGUUAUCACAGUGCUUGUUGCCGUUC